UUUGGUGAAGUCUUGGUUACUAAACUUACUUGAUAGUUAAGUUUAUCUUGACUUUAAAACUUCAUUUGUUCAUACCACUCCUUCUUAGAACUUCAAAGUCUCUUUAACCUUUACUUAACAACUUAGUCAUCACCUCACAUUCACUUCUUCUCCUCUUGCUAUUCAAAAUAUAAGUAAAAGUUGGUUGCUGACUCCACUUACCCUUUUGAAUCAUUUUCUUUCUAUAUAUAUAUAUGCGAGAAUCACUCAUCCUUUUCUGUCAUGAUGACUAAGUUUUCAACGAAAAAAUUCAUGCUUUAGCUUCAAGUAUUUGGAUGGUAUAGUACUGUCAUUAGUUACAAGUUAUUAGGAGGUUUUGAGUUUUGUAUUUUGACAGUAUAUUGUCACUUGGCAGCAACAAAAAGGUCUUUACUCUCUUGGUUGUUUGAUUGUUUUGUUUGUGUUAGUUAUUUUGGUUUUUGACAUUCUGGUUUGAAGGGAAAAGAGACUUUGGUAAUCUGAAGUUCGACAACCUGACUAAGGAUUGUUCUGGCGGAAUUUUGAACACAACAUGGCUGAGUUUGAGAAAGAGGAAAUGCAAAUGAUAUCAGAUACUAAUCCAAAACCAUCAAAUGAACCUGAUGAUUCUAAAUCCAAGAAUUUUCUACCUAGGAUGCGAAGCGUAUCGAUUUCUAUUCCGAUGAUUCCUAUAGAUCCAUAUGAAAGAGAUACUAAUCUUAAGGGACACACUGGUCCCUUAAGGAGUCAAAGAAAAACUCCAUUUAUUCCAAUGAGUGGUCCAUUAUAUGUUACUAAUAGAGGCGAAAAUCUUUUCGGGCAGAAUAUAAUGGCGCCAAGGAGCGGCACGAUCGAAAAUAAGACAGAAAAGUUUCCUCUAUGUGGCAUGAAUGAAGAUGACUUGCAGAACAAGUAUGCUGCUAAAAAUGAACAUUUGGUAAGGUCUGGUCAAUUGGGAAUGUGUAAUGAUCCUUAUUGUACAACUUGUCCAACUUACUUCAAGGCUACUCAACAAAGGGAUUCAAAAACUUAUGGUUUAUUCAAUCCUAAGAAGUUUCAGAAUGCUCUCUAUGGAGAUGCCAAGGAUUGGGCUAGAAGAAUUUUUGCUUUUUUGAUUCCACAUGUACCUAGAGUUAUGAACCCUCAUAAUAAACUUGUACAACAAUGGAAUAAAUUUUUUGCAAUUUGUUGCUUGGUGGCAAUUUUUGUGGAUCCAUUAUUUUUCUUCCUGCUUUCUGUGAAUAAGAUAAAUAAAUGUAUUGUUAUUAACACAACUAUGACAACAGUGCUUGUUUUACUCAGAAGUAUGAAUGAUUUCAUACAUUUCCUAAAUAUUAUUCUUCAGUUUAGGUUGGCUUAUGUGGCACCUGAGUCUAGGGUGGUUGGUGCUGGAGAGUUAGUUGACAAUCCUAAGAAAAUAGCUCUUCAUUAUCUUCAAACAUAUUUUCUUUUUGACUUGUUUGUUGUACUUCCACUUCCUCAAAUAAUGAUAUUGUUUGUUCUACCAACACACUUAGGAUCAUCAAGAGCAAAUUAUGCAAAGAAUCUUCUGCGCGCCGUCGUCCUUGCGCAGGCAAUUCCUAGAUUAUGUAGAUUUAUUCCAAUGUUAAUUUCUCCAACUAGAUUCAUAUUUGAGUCAGCUUGGGCAAGUUUCUUUAUAAAUCUUUCUACCUUUAUGCUAUCUGGCCAUGUUGUUGGUUCAUGGUGGUACCUCUUUGGUUUACAGAGGGUUAAUCAAUGUCUACGAAAUGCAUGCAAGACAACAACAUAUUUUGUUGAAUGUUCAAAAUUCAUGGAUUGUGGACAUGGAGGCAAUGAGGAAAAUCAAAAUGAAUCAAAUUGGAUUCAUUGGAAGAAAAAUAGCAAUGCAAGUGCUUGUUUUACAGAAGAUGGUUUUGAAUAUGGAAUUUAUCUUAAAGCUGUCAACCUUACUACAAAGCAUAAUGUGUUCACAAGAUAUGUAUAUUCAUCAUAUUGGGGAUUUCAGCAAAUUAGUACUCUUGCUGGAAAUUUGUCCCCAAGCUAUUUUGUAUGGGAAGUCCUUUUUACUAUGGGCAUAAUUGGAUUAGGACUCUUGCUUUUUGCUCUUCUCAUUGGGAACAUACAAAACUUUCUUCAGGCUCUUGGAAGAAGGAGGCUAGAAAUGUCACUUAGACAACGUGAUGUUGAGCAAUGGAUGAGCCAUAGGCGCUUAGAAGAAAAUCUAAGAAGGAGAGUGCGACAAGCGGAACGUUAUAAUUGGGCUGCAACUCGAGGGGUGAAUGAAGAAAUACUGAUGGAGAAUUUGCCAGAAGAUCUUCAAAGGGAUAUCAGACGCCAUCUCUUUAAUUUUGUUAAGAAAGGUCGAAUUUUUUCCUUGAUGGAUGAUCCUAUCUUGGAUGCCAUUUGUGAUAGACUUAGACAAAAAAUAUAUAUCAAAGGAAGCAAAAUUUUAUAUGAUGGUGGGUUGGUAGAGAAAGUUGUUUUUAUUGUGAGAGGAAGAUUGGAGAGUAUUGGUGAAGAUGGAAAUAGAGUUCCUCUAUCUGAAGGUAGUGUUUGCGGUGAAGAACUUCUCACAUGGUGUCUUGAGCAUCCUUUAGGAAACAAAGUUUGUGGAAAAACAAGGAUUCCAAGACAAAGGUUGGUUAGCAAUAGGACAGUAUUGUGCUUAACAAAUGUGGAGGCAUUUUCACUUAAAGCAACAGACCUUGAAGAAGUUACAACCCUUUUUGCAAGAUUCUUGAGGAGGCCUGCUGUUCAAGGAGCCAUAAGGUAUGAAUCACCUUAUUGGAGAUGCCUUGCAGCAACACGAAUCCAGGUUGCAUGGAGAUACAGAAAAAAACGUCUUUGUCGAGCUUACACUUCACAAUCAAAUAAUGAACCAUCAAACUAAAAUGUUAUUAUGUUUUUUUUUCUUCAUUAACUAAUUUACUAAUGUAUAUUAUUAGAUACUAUAUUGUUGAUACUGAUUUAUGAGACACUUUAAACAUAUAGUAAUGCAAUAUUACAAAUUAGUGUGUUAGAUAUUAAAUGUUUUAGACUACUUUUACGAGGCCUCUUUUCUUCUCAUUCUUAGACUCUAACACACUAAUUUGUUUUAGGAAUUAAAAUUAGAUUGUUGUUAAGAAUAACAAACACAAAUAAACAAAA